AUGGGAGGCCCCCACAGUGGCCCCUUUCUUCUCUUUCACGUGCUGUGCUUCUUGCUGACUCAGUUGGAAGUUGGAUCCCAAAACAGCAAGGCCUGUGCUCUGCGGUGCCCUCCGAAGUCCUCAUGUGUCAAUGGCAGUGCCUGCCGCUGCGCUCCAGGAUUCAUUUCCUCUUCUGGGGAGAUCUUCACCGACCCCUUGGAGAGUUGUGAUGACAUCAAUGAGUGUGGGCCACCCUCACUAGUGUACUGUGGAAGUUCAGCAGACUGCCAGAACACAGAAGGGGGAUACUACUGCACAUGCAGCCCAGGAUAUGAGCCUACUUCUGGGGUAACAACAUUCCAGAAUGAGAGUGAGAACACGUGUCAAGACGUGGACGAAUGUCAGCACAGACCCAGAGUCUGUAAAGGCCGCAGCAUCUGCAUCAACACCCAGGGCAGUUACACCUGCCAGUGCCCACCCGGCUUGGAGUUCAACCCAAAGGACCCGAGGAAUUGCACAGAUGUGAAUGAAUGCACCUCGGGGGAAAAGCCAUGCCACAACUCCACCCACUGCCUCAACUUCGUGGGCAGCUAUGAGUGCCGCUGCCGCCCUGGCUGGAAGCCUAUUGCUGGGUCCCCCAAUGGCCCAAACAACACCGUCUGUGAAGAUGUGGACGAGUGCAGCUCCGGGAAGCAUCAGUGUGACAACUCCACCGUCUGCGUCAACACUGUGGGUUCAUACACGUGCCACUGCCGCCAAGGCUGGGUGCCCAAACCUGGAAUCCGGGAUAAGCAAAUGACCACCAUCUGUGAAGAGAUCGCCUUCCCUGCCUGGACUGCUCCCCCUGGAAUCAAGAGCCAGAGUCUCUCUGCCUUCUUCGAAAGAGUCCAGAAAAUGAGCAGAGACUUCAAACCAGCCAUGGCCAAGACAUCCAUGCAGAACCUCGUCGAGUCAGUGGAUGACCUGUUGAAAAGCUCAGGAGACCUGGAGUCACUGGAUCAGUCUUCCAGGCACGUCAUAGUCACCCACCUGCUCUCAGGCCUCGAACGAAUCCUGAGGACCCUGGCCAAAGCCAUAUCUAAAGGCUCCUUCACCUACCGUUCGCUUGACGGCACAGAGCUCUCCCUGGUGGUCCAGGAGCAGGGGAAAGGGAACGUCACCGUGGGCCAGAGCCACGCACGGAUGCUGCUGGACUGGGCUGUGGCAGCCGCAGCUGGGGAGUCGGGCCCCUCCAUGGUGGGGAUCCUCUCCAGUCGGAACAUGGAAAAAUUGCUGGCCAAUGCCUCUUUGGAACUGGACUUGGAAAAGCUGAAAGAGACCUACGAGAGUCCUGUCCGAGGUGCCAAGGUCAUGCUUCUCUCAGCGGUCAGCUCCGUCUUUCUGAGCAACACGGACACUGAGAAACUCGACUCCAACGUCUCCUUUGCCUUCACCCUCCAUAAACAGCCUGAGCUCAAGCCACGGCAGGAGCUGAUCUGUGCCUUCUGGAAGAAAGACAGCAAUGGGAACGGGUUCUGGGCCACCUCGGGCUGCUGGAAGAUGGGCAGUGGGAACGGAAGCAUCACCUGCCAGUGCAGUCACCUAAGCAGCUUUGCCAUCCUCAUGGCCCACUACGACGUGGAGGACCCGAAGCUGGCCCUGAUCACCAAGGUGGGACUGGCGCUGUCGCUGGUCUGCCUGCUGCUGUGCAUCCUCACCUUUCUGUUGGUGCGGCCCAUCCAGGGCUCGCGCACCACGGUGCACCUGCACCUCUGCAUCUGCCUCUUCGUGGGCUCCGCCAUCUUCCUGGCAGGCAUCGAAAACGAAGGCGGCGAGGUGGGGACGCGCUGCCGCCUGGUGGCAGUACUGCUGCACUACUGCUUCCUGGCCGCCUUCUGCUGGAUGAGCCUCGAGGGCGUGGAGCUCUACUUCCUCGUGGUGCGCGUGUUCCAGGGCCAAGGCCUGAGAAAGCUCUGGCUCUGCCUGAUUGGUUACGGCGUGCCCCUGAUCAUCGUGGGCAUCUCGGCAGGCGCCUACAGCAAGGGCUAUGGCCGCGAGAAAUUCUGCUGGUUGAAUUUCGAGGGUGGCUUCCUCUGGAGCUUUGUGGGACCCGUGACCUUCAUCGUUUUGGGCAAUGCUAUCAUCUUUGUGAUUACUGUCUGGAAACUCACUCAGAAGUUUUCUGAAAUCAACCCUGACAUAAAGAAAUUAAAGAAAGUCAGGGUGCUGACUAUCACAGCCAUCGCCCAGCUCUUCGUGUUGGGCUGCACCUGGGUCUUCGGCCUGCUCCUCUUCGACCCAGAGAGCUGGGUGCUGUCCUACAUCUUCAGCAUCCUCAACUGCCUGCAAGGUUUCUUCCUCUUCGUGCUGUACUGCCUACUUAACAAGAAGGUGAGAGAGGAGUACCGCAAGUGGGCCUGCAUGGUUGCUGGGAACAGGUACUCCGAGUUCGCCACAACCACCUCUGGGUCUGGCUCUGGCCACAAUCAGACUCAGGCCCUCAGGCCCUCAGAGUCUGGCAUGUGA